UUGAUCUGGCAUUGCCUCUUUCGAUAGCACGUGCCAAUAGGAAAUAUAUCAAAACAAUCACAAUCCACAACUAGAAGUAUUUUGAAAAUUUAACUUAUUCUGAAUAAGUAGAAAGUUCCCAAGAAAAUGGAUAAUAAUGAAAUGGACUUAGAGUAUGUCGAAGCUGAGGAUGACGAGGAUGCAGGUGAGGAGGGUAUGGAAAGCGAUAACGAAGAUGAAACGACGAGAACGGAGAAACCCAAAGAAGUGUACUUACCCGGAAAGCCAUUGAAAGAGGGCGAGGAGCUCGUGUGCGACGAGUCCGCCUAUAUCAUGUUACAUCAGGCCUCCACCGGUGCGCCAUGCCUCAGUUUUGAUAUCUUGCCCGACGAACUAGGCGCAGGCCGUGAAAAAUUCCCGCUGACUGCUUAUAUGGUUGCCGGUACGCAGGCAGCAAGUGCGCACGUUAACAAUCUCAUUGUGAUGAAAAUGGAUAAUUUACAUAAAACCCAGGAAAGCGAAGAGGAUGAUGAAGAUGACGAAGAAUUGGAAGAUGACCAAGACGAUAAUGGUGACGCCGACGAACGGAAGAAACCAAGAAUGACAUGUGCGCUGAUCAAGCAUCAAGGCUGCGUGAAUCGUAUCCGAGCACGGCGUUUGGGCGACAAAGUAUAUGCGGCAUCAUGGAGCGAACUAGGACGUGUGAAUAUUUGGGAUUUGUCAAGACAACUGCAAGCUCUGGAAGAUGCCCAGCUACUAAAACAAUACGAACGUGAAGUGGUGAACGAAGCGGUGCGCCCGGCUUACACAUUCAGCGGCCAUCAACAGGAAGGCUUCGCUAUAGAUUGGAGUGCGUGUGCCGACGGUGUGCUCGCCACGGGAGAUUGCAAACGUGACAUACACAUUUGGUCGCCUUUAGAAGGUGGCAGUUGGAAAGUGGAUCAACGUCCACUUGUAGGUCAUACUGCUUCCGUGGAAGAUUUGCAAUGGAGUCCAAAUGAGGCGAGCGUUUUGGCUUCCUGCUCUGUUGAUAAGACGAUACGAAUUUGGGACUGUCGUGCCCCACCACAAAAGGCCUGUAUGCUGACAUGCGAUGACGCCCACCAAAGUGAUAUCAAUGUUAUAUCAUGGAAUGAUACCAAACCAUUUAUUGUUAGUGGUGGUGAUGAUGGCUUUCUACAUAUUUGGGAUUUAAGACAAUUUCAGACAAAAAAACCCAUUGCCACCUUCAAACAUCACACCGGACCUAUUUCCACACUCGAAUGGAAUCCGAAUGAUGCUACAGUGUUUGCGUCAGCUGGUGACGAUGAUCAAAUUGCACUAUGGGAUUUAGCUGUCGAAAAAGAUACAGACCAGGAGUCCACGCCUAAUGCAACUGGGCUAGAAGAAAGUGAAGAUGAAUUAAAUAAACUACCGCCACAACUACUCUUCAUACAUCAAGGACAGAAGGAAAUAAAAGAGCUGCAUUGGCAUGCGCAAUUACCAGGUGUAAUAUUGUCUACAGCACACAGUGGCUUCAAUGUAUUUAGAACAAUAAGCGUCUGAAAAUAAACCAACGAUAUUUUACAAAUUUCCAACUUUUUAUUUAUGUGUAGAUUUUUCCCAAACUGCAAUCUAUGUAUUUUUAGCUUCUUCGUCGUCCUGCAGCAUUGCCAUAUUUAUGAGAUGACGCAUUGUUGGUCGCCCAUGGGGACAAUUCUAAAAUAAUUACAAAAGAAAAACAUUAAGGGGGUGGUAGGGUUUAGCGCUAAAAAAUUUUUUUUACAGAAAUAUGGCUUAAGAUUCUUUAAUAAAAUCAGUUGCAUGUUAUUGUACAUCUUUUCAAUAAGUUUUUAAAAAAUAUUAAUAAUAAAAUAUUCACAAAUAAGCCCAUGACAGAGUUUUUUUGGAGAUAUGUUUUUCGAGAGGUGCUCUGCGGUGCCAAUCGGCAUUCGUCGUAGAAUCAUCUGAAACUAAAAAAGUCGAAUUUUUCAAUUAAAGUAUGACGUAAUGAAUGAAU